AUAAUAAAUGAAGGUCAAUGGUUGAGCUUUACCAUUGAAAAGCAUUUCAAACCCCCAAUUCGAACAAGAAGAAGAAGAAGAAGAAACAGCAACAAUGGCGACGAGUGUUUCUAUUUCAUACUUCAAUACUUAUCCAUGCACUCAUUCCACCACCAACCGCGUCUUCCUUCCUGCUAACAUUCGCUCUUCCUCUUUCUACAGUCCCACCUCUUUCACCAAUCUUCCAAUUUCCCUUCUUUGGAACGGACAUUUUCGCCCACGGAAACCUCGAUGCUCGAUCGCCGAAGAUUCUUCCAUUUCCUCUUCCAAUUUCGGUGCCCAACUCAGUGAUAACGGUCAAUCGGUGCUGGACUGUGUUAUCGUCGGUGGAGGAAUCAGUGGUCUUUGCAUUGCCCAAGCUCUCGCGACCAAGCACGCUGGAACCGCUCCAAAUUUUCUGUUAACAGAGGCAAAUGCACGAGUUGGGGGGAAUAUUAUUACAGUGGAGAAAGAUGGGUUUAUGUGGGAAGAAGGUCCUAACAGUUUUCAGCCUUCUGAUUCUAUGUUAACCAUGGUGGUGGAUAGCGGCUUGAAAGACGAUUUAGUGUUGGGGGAUCCUAAUGCUCCACGAUUUGUGUUCUGGGAUGGUAAACUAAAACCAGUUCCAUCAAAACCAACUGAUCUUCCUUUGUUUGAUUUGAUGAGUUUUGGUGGGAAACUUCGGGCUGGCUUUGGUGCUCUUGGCUUUCGACCUAGUCCUCCUGAUCACGAGGAAUCUGUUGAAGAGUUUGUUCGUCGCAACCUUGGUGAUGAAGUUUUUGAACGCUUGAUAGAACCAUUUUGUUCUGGUGUGUAUGCAGGGGACCCCUCAAAACUGAGUAUGAAAGCAGCAUUUGGAAAAGUAUGGAAGCUAGAGCAGAAUGGUGGUAGUAUAAUUGGUGGCGUCUUUAAUACAAUCCAGAAGAAAAGCAAUGCUCCAAAGAUUCCUCGAGACACGCGUCUACCCAAAAUAAAGGGGCAAACAGUUGGAUCCUUCAGAAAAGGGUUAUCAAUGUUGCCCAAUGCAAUAUUCAAAAGGUUGAAUGACAAAGUCAAACUGUCUUGGAAGCUUUCUAGCAUCGUUAAGUUGAAUAAUCACAAGUACAGUUUGACAUAUGAAACACCUGAAGGAUCGGUGUCUCUCCUGAGCAGAAGUGUUGUGAUGGCAGUACCAUCUUAUGUUGCCAGCAAUUUGAUUCAACCUCUUUCAGCUGCUGCAGCAGAUGCACUAUCAAAGUUCUAUUAUCCACCAGUUGCUGCGGUGUCAAUUUCGUACCCAAAGGAGGCAAUUCGUACUGAAUGUUUGAUAGAUGGUGAACUCAAGGGCUUUGGUCAGUUGCAUCCUCGGAGCCAAGGGGUUGAAACCUUAGGAACCAUAUACAGCUCAUCACUCUUCCCUAACAGAGCACCACCAGGAAGGAUUCUGCUCUUGAACUACAUUGGAGGGGCCACAAAUCCUGGAAUUUUGUCCAAGACGGAAAGCCAACUAGUGGAAUCUGUUGACCGUGAUCUGAGAAAGAUUUUGAUAAAUCCUAAUGCGAAAGAACCUCUGGUUUUGGGUGUCCGAGUAUGGCCAAAAGCCAUACCUCAGUUCUUAGUUGGGCAUGUUGAUAUCUUGGAAGCUGCAAAAGCUGCUUUAAAUAACCAUGAUCUGAAAGGUGUAUUCCUUGGAGGGAAUUAUGUAUCUGGUGUGGCUUUAGGCCGCUGUGUUGAAGAUUCUUACGAAAUUGCAGCCCAAGUUUCUCAGUUUUUGUCUGCUGUAUCAGUAAGCUAGAAACGAUAAUCAAGUUUAUGGGUAAAUUUGUUUAUUUCAUUGACUGUUUUUGCAUCAGUUUUGAUUAUAGAGUCUUUUUGAUUCAGGCUUUGUUGUUGUUUUCUUUCCUUUAGCUUUAUGAAAUUCACAUUCAUAUCAUUUGGAUGAAAUGAUAAUUUUCAGUUAUGCUUA